UUCUACUUCCGGUUUCGACGAAGAAGAAAAUGACUUGACCCAAACAAACGUCUUUUAUCACAUGUAACAGAUUGUAGGAUAGUAACGUUUAUAUUAUAAACUUGCUAUCCUCUAUAAAUCCAUAUUCGUUAACAGUCGUAAACUUGUGCGGAGCUGGAGUGCUAACAUGCUAGCUCUCGUUAGCUGAAUGAAGCUAACAUGUUGACUCAGAGAUGUGUCUGGUGUGUGACAGCGGUCAGAAACGUUAGGGUUAAACUCCAGCUCACCAGAUGCUGCUCCACGGUGCAGGGGGACGUCAGGGUCAGGUUUGCUCCCAGUCCCACAGGUUUCCUACACCUCGGCGGCCUCCGAACGGCUCUCUACAAUUACGUCUUUGCCAAGAAGUAUGGAGGCUCGUUCGUCCUGCGACUUGAGGACACAGAUCAGAGCCGGCUCGUGCCCGGAGCUGCAGAGUCCAUCGAGGACAUGCUGGAGUGGGCUGGUGUCCCUCCAGAUGAGAGUCCUCGUCAGGGGGGGCCGCUGGGUCCGUACCUGCAGUCCCAGAGGCUGGACCUUUACCGUCAGACAGCAGAGCAGCUGGUCGAGAGCAAACAUGCCUACCACUGUUUCUGCAGCUCUCAGAGACUCGACCUGCUCAAGAAAGAGGCCUUAAGGAGCGGACAGACACCCAGGUAUGAUAACCGGUGCCGUCACCUCCGGGAUGAGCAGGUCCAGGAGAAGCUGGCUCAGGGAGCUCCAUAUGUGAUCCGGUUUCGUUUGGAAGAAGGUGUUGAGCCUUUUCAGGAUCUGAUCUGUGGGCGUAGUCAUCACGAGGUGGCCCAGGUGGAGGGGGACCCUGUAGUGAUAAAAGCAGACGGUUUUCCCACCUAUCACCUCGCUAACAUCGUAGACGAUCACUACAUGAAGAUCAGCCACGUGCUGCGGGGGUCAGAGUGGCUCAUCUCCACCUCCAAACACAUCCUCAUGUACCGAGCCCUCGGGUGGCAGCCGCCCACCUUCGGACAUCUGCCGCUCCUGUUGAACAAAAAUGGCAGCAAACUGUCCAAGAGGCAGGGGGACAUUUUCCUCCAAAGCUUCCAGAGGAAUGGAGUCCUGCCGGAGGCUCUGCUGGACAUCACCACCAGCUGCGGCUCCGGAUUCAACACUAAUCGAAUUGGGCGGAGGAUAGAUGAGCUGAUCUCUGAGUUUAAUCCUUCCAAGAUCACGACACAUUCUGCUCUCUUAGACCUGGAAAAACUACCAGAGUUCAACAGAAUCCACCUGCAGCACCAUAUAGAAGAUGAGGCGAAGUGUAAAAUGCUGAUUAAAGAUCUGCAGGCUCAGAUCCAGCAGGCGUGUGCAGCAGAGUUCCAGGAGGAAGACCUGCAGGAGGAUUACAUCAGACGGGUGCUGCACCUUCGUAAGGGUCACAUUUCCUCUCUGAAGGAGCUUGUGGGUCCUGCCUACUCAUACCUGUGGGUUCGUCCUUCCGUCUCCAGCCAGCAGGUAGCAGCGAUCACUGCAGAAGCUCAACACAUCGCUUCUUUAGUGCUCAAGUUGAUAGCAGAGCGCAGGGAGGAGCUGACGGUGGAUCGACUCAGUAAAGAUCUGAAGACUCUGGCAAAGCAAACGAAAGGCAUCAAGUACGGAGAAGUGAUGAAGCUUCUGCGCCUGGCUCUCAGCGGUCUGCAGCAGGGGCCAAGUGUGGCGGAGAUGAUGGUGUGUUUGGGGCCCGCAGAGAUCAGCCAUCGGUUCCAGAAACUUCUGCAGCUCUCAGAGACGAGUUAAAGACUGUUCAUCCUCACGCCUGCAGGAGAAAAACUGUAUUCAAAGACCUGUGUGUUGAGAGUAACAUGCAAACGCCUGGUGAUUCUGCCGAAGCAAGCUGCGGGCACGUUGAAAACGAACUGCUCCUCAAUGCUAGAGUGUACUUGGAUAAUACUUGAAUAAUUAUACAUAUUUUAUAAAAGACAUGAAACAUU